GACACAAGAGUCACUGUCGAGAAGAUGUGUGAAUUCUUGGGAAAGAAGUUAAAACCAGAAGAAAUAGAUUUAGUCCUCAAGUAUAGCUCCUUUCAAUUCAUGAAAGAAAACAAGAUGUCCAAUUUCUCCAUGGAGUCACUGGGGACUGGAAGAAUCACUUCACUGUAGCCCAAGCUGAAGCAUUUGAUAAAAUAUAUCAAAAGAAGAUGGCAGGAUAUCCUCCAAAGCUGUUUCCUUGGGAGGAAUGUUGAAAACUUCUACAUGUUCUAUGGGUACUAUGUCUUUUCUCCUCACCUUGUACUCUGCAUACCUGGGAGGCUGUUGCAUUAAACCUAUGAUUUCUUUGUGAAGUCUUGUAUUAUCAAAUCUUUACAUUUUUCAUGGCCGGCUUUUGUGUGUACCCAUACUCACUUCACAGUAUCUACACUUUAGAAAUCUUCAUAAUGUUCAUGUCUAUACCGCACUACAGUAAAAUAUUAAAGAAUUACCCUAAAUUGUG